ACUGAGAUUAAAAAUGGAUAGUGAUAAAGGUAUUAAGGAUCUGGAAUUAAAUGAUGAGAGAGAUUUCAAACUGAAUCAAAGAGACCCAAUUCCUUUCUCUACCAAAUUAAAGCUGGUUAGGAGAGUUGAUUUUUAUAAGCAAUGAAACAGAAAUGAAACACAUGAAAACAGGACAUCCUGCUUCAGCUUAGAUAGAAUACGGACGUUUCCUCCAAAGGUUAUUCUUAAUAAAAGUUCAAAGAAGUGAAAGAAAAGAAGGAACCUAUUUUCUAAUGAUGAAAGAACACAAAAAACCUGACGAAAAUUUUGUACUUCUCCUGAUGCUAAAAUUUUGCAUAUCCAGAUGAGCCAAUUCGUGAAGAAGAAGUUGUACUCACUAAGAUAUAAAAAUGGAAGAUUUUUCUCUCCAGUAAAACUUCAGAACAAGGUCUCCCACAUUUCAAGCUUCAAUCAAACAAAAAGAUACUUUAAUUUGAGAAACAUGAAAUGACUGCAUCCAGAGUUUGAUAAAACUAAGUGACAAUCCUAAAAAAACGGUUAUUCCCACUAACUAUUUAUAAUCACCUAAUAAAUCCAGC